AUGGUUCCUCUAGCAACCGUAGCGAUUCUGUCUAUUGGGGAGAUGGGAAUGGGGAUUGCCAAGCUUCUUGUUGCUCAUAACUAUCGCGUGGUAACGAAUUUAGAAGGUCGAAGCCAAGACACUCACGCACGAGCUGAAAGAGCAUCCAUUGAAGCCCUCCCCUCCGACCUCUCCCUCAUCACAGAAUCCGACUACAUCCUCUCCAUCGUCCCCCCACGAGACGCAGUCUCAAUCGCAACGCGCAUCAGCACCGCCUUCACCAGCCUCUCCACCCCCAAGAAAACCCCCCUCUACUUCCUCGACCUAAACGCCGUUUCGCCCCGCAGCGCGCGCUCCAUCGGCGAGAUCUUCUCGACCAAAGCACCCGCCAUCACCUUCCUCGAUGGCUGCAUCAUAGGCAGCGCACCCACCCAGAAACUCACCCCUACACCAAGCACAACCGAAGCUCGCCAGCACCCCAAAACCUCACUCACGUGGUCUCAGCCCAGCAUCCCCAUCUCCGGCUCCGUCGCCUCGGUCCCAGCUUCCUUUGCCCAACUAGCCGAGACGCUGAACUUCAAGCAUAUUUCUGAAGAUGUGGGGAUAGCGAGUGGGCUGAAAUGCUGCUUUGCUACGGUGACGAAAGGCUUUACGGCGCUCUGUAUUCAGGCCUUUACUACGGCGUCUAAUCUGGGCGUGCUGCCGGCCUUGAUCGAGGAGAUGGAGGAGAAGUUCCCGGCUUCACUGAAGACUGCUAGGUAUGGCGUUACUAGUAUGCCACCUAAGGCUUAUCGAUGGGUCAAGGAGAGUAAGUUCUGGUUUCCCUUGCUUGUCUUGACCGAAGGAAGGAAAGAACUUCAAAGAAGGAAGAAAGGAAGACGGCUGGCUAACUUAACUUGCUUGACGACAGUGGAAGAGAUAUCGGCCGCGCACGAGGAAGAUGGGGGGUUUGAGUCUGCUGGAAAGGGGCUGUUUAACGAGAUAGCAAAAGUAUACGAGAGUGUUGCGGAUGAUUCUGUGUUGGGGGAAGAGAAGACUGAGAGGAGGAAGAGGGGGCUUACGAUUGAGGAUGUAGCUGCGGCGAUGGGGGAGGGUAAUGCUGCCAAGAGGAAGAAAGAUGCUUGA